ACUGGAGAAAAGCUCUAUGAUGACAGUUAGGAUAUGCACUGGUCUGUUCACUGGGGAAGCCAAUGUCUGGAAACAGGACCUGUUUAAACGUUGUUCCUGAGUAGAGCUGGCAGGAGUCUCAGAAGGGGGAAGCCCAGUUCUGGCUGGGAGAGCCCUCCAUCCUUCUACCCACUUCCUCUUCCGGGAGCAGAAAAUGCUCAUGGGGAACUUAGAGCAGCCUCGAUGCAUUUCCUUCCCGACUGUCUUCCAGGGACAUUUCACCUAGGACAGGCCUGAGUAACUGGAUGGAUAAGAUUUCCAGGGUGUGUCGCCGGGCCAGUUCUUUGUUCUGGUACAGAAGAAUCUGGAAGUCUGUGUGUGCCACCUGGUUUCAGAUCCACAACUAUGGCAAAACUAAGACCACAGAUUGGUCAACCUGGGAGGAGCGUGGGUGACCCCAAGACAGCUGUAUCACUGAAAAGUCAUGCUCCAGCAACAUGGCCAACACUGUGUGGAUGGAGUCUCUCCACUUUCCAGUUAACUUUCCACCUCCUGUAAAAACCACUACCUGUGGAGACCAUUUGCAGCUGGGGCAGAACUGGGUCCACAUGACCUCAGCAUCCAAACCCAACAUUGCUGCCCAAGACCUGCAUCAGACUCAGCACGCCAUCUUCAGCUGCCUGGCUCAUGGCUCUACUGCUCAACUUGAUUCUUGCCAUCUUAACCGUUUGCACUGGAUCCUGCCUCUCGGAGUCUCCGUCCACAGUGCGGCUAGUAGGAGGUGCCCACCGCUGUGAAGGGCGAGUAGAGGUGGAACGCAAUGGCCAGUGGGGAACUGUGUGUGAUGACGGCUGGGACCUGAAUGAUGUGGCUGUGGUAUGCCGGGAGCUGAAUUGUGGAGCAGCCACCAAAGCCCAAAGUGGUACAUCAUUUAAGCCACUGGCACCAGAAGAGCAAAAAGUUCUUAUUCAAGACGUUAACUGCAGUGGGAUAGAAGACACAUUGUCUCAAUGUGAGCAAGAUGAUGAUGUUUAUAAUUGUCCACAUACAGAAGAUGCUGGGGUACAGUGUAAGAACCCAGACAUCGAUAUCCCCUUCAUCCCAGAGAAUGUGCGACUAGUCGAUGGCCCGGGACGCUGCCAGGGCCGAGUGGAGGUGCUGCACCAGCUGGACUGGAGCAGUGUGUGCAAAGCAGGCUGGAAUUUACGGGCUUCGAAGGUGGCAUGCAGGCAGCUGGGAUGUGGGCGGGCGCUACUGACCCACACGUGUUGCAACAAGAAGACUCAGGGCCAAGGGCCCAUCUGGAUGAGCCAGAUGUCAUGUUCUGGACAGGAAGCAAACCUUAAGGACUGCCCUUUUAGGUCUUUGGAGAACAAUUGCACCCAUGCUGAGGACACAUGGGUGGAAUGCGAAGAUCCCUUUGAGCUGAGACUGGUAGGAGGAGACAACCCCUGCUCUGGGAGGUUGGAGGUGCUACACAAGGGUACAUGGGGCUCCGUCUGUGAUGAUGGCUGGGGAGAAAAGGAGGACCAAGUGGUGUGCAAGCAACUGGGCUGUGGGAAGUCCCUCUUUCUAUCCUCCAAAGCCCGAAAAGGCUACGGACCUGGGUCAGGCCGUAUCUGGCUGGAUGAUGUCGUUUGCUCGGGGGAGGAGAGGUCCCUGGAGUCCUGCCGGCACCGGUUCUGGGGGUAUCACGACUGUACUCACAAGGAAGAUGUGGCGGUGAUCUGCUCAGAAAGUAUCCCUGACUUUGGUGGGUAACCUGGAUCCCUGCCUGACCUGGAUCCCUGCUGCUUGCUUAGUUAGGCCCUGAUGUCCAAGUGGUUAUAACCUACCAUGGACUUAGCCCCUCCGCUGAGCCUCUUAGGAGAGUGAACAAUGUGCUCAGAUCUUGAUCUCAGGGAUCCCCUCUCCCAUAAUCACCUCAAGAGAUAAGCCGCUGAGCUCCCUUGCUGAAGAAGUGUUUCCAGUUGCCCUGUGCUCACAGUUGACCCCUUGGUAUUGGUCUCAGUCUUUACUUUCUCUUCCCAGCCUACGUGAAACUCUUGGGCCUGAUCAAUUGUACAGGCCAUGACUAAGGCCCAGCCUGUCUGUAAACAACACUGAGGACAUGAUAACAAAAGGAGAGUGCGAAAGGGAACAUGGGUAGACAGUAUUUUGGAGGUGGGGGAGAAAAUAGACUUCUUCAAGUGCUUUUUAAAUUUUAUAACAAGUGAAGUGACCAUAAUAAUAAUUCUUCACUACCCUGCCAUCUCUCAGAGAAAGUAGCAGAGUGGUUUCCUGUGGCCUUCAAAUGUUAGUACUUGAGUUCUAGAUGUCUACCCCAAACCCAUAUGUUUGAAGUUUGCUGUCUGAUACAACAGUAUUCUGAGAUGAGGCCUUCAGGAUCUAACUGCAUCACGUGGUCUGAUCCCUCAGCCCUAAUGAGCAGAUUACUCACUGGUGAAUCCACUGGGAGGUGGUAGAAACUUCAGGAGCUUGGACCUAGUUAGAAGAAGGAGGUCAUUGGGGUGUGCUUUUGGAAGGGAUAUUUUGUUCAUGGCUUGAUCCCCUGCCCAUGCUCAAGGGUUGGUUCUAUAUCUUAGCUAUUGUGAAUUAUGCUGCAAUAAAGAUGAUUGUGCAGGUA